GGGAAGAAGAAGAAGAAAUUACGGAAGUACGGCUCCCAAAUAGAUUCCCGUUGGAAGAGUAAAAUACAACAGAGCGCCUUCCUUCCAUUAAAACUAAUCAGAUCGGACUAUCAAUUUCUCAAUAAGACGAUGGGCACUAGAGACGACGAGUAUGACUAUUUGUUCAAAGUGGUCCUUAUCGGUGACUCAGGUGUGGGAAAGAGUAACCUGCUGUCCCGUUUCACCCGCAACGAGUUCAACCUGGAGAGUAAGAGCACCAUUGGAGUUGAGUUUGCCACGCGCAGCAUCCAGGUGGACGGCAAGACGGUGAAGGCCCAGAUCUGGGACACAGCCGGACAGGAGCGCUACCGUGCCAUCACAUCAGCGUACUACCGCGGGGCGGUGGGGGCUCUCCUGGUCUACGACAUCGCCAAACAUCUAACUUACGAAAACGUGGAGCGCUGGCUGAAGGAACUGAGAGAUCACGCCGACAGCAACAUCGUCAUCAUGCUUGUGGGCAACAAGAGCGACCUGCGUCACCUUCGGGCUGUCCCCACCGACGAGGCCCGGGCUUUUGCCGAGAAGAACGGUUUAUCUUUUCUGGAGACAUCGGCUCUGGACUCCACCAACGUAGAGACGGCCUUCCAGACCAUCCUUACAGAGAUCUACCGUAUCGUCUCUCAGAAGCAGAUGUCGGAGCGUCAGGAGAGCGACAUGUCCCCCAGUAACAACGUGGUCAACAUCCAGGUGCAGCCCACUGAGAACAAACCAAAGAUGCAGUGCUGUCAGAACAUCUAGCCCGGCCGCGGAUCUGCUGCUACACCCAACCCCUCUCCCCCUUUUUUCUCCCCCUCUCUCUCCCCACAGUCCACGGCUCCCCUCCCCUCCCUCCCUCCCUGCCUCCCCCUCUGCCCAGCUCACAACUCCUCAGCCCCCUCCCCCUCAGAAAACAGACUGCCUCGGUGUAGUGCGUGGCGUAGGAGGGACGAGCCACAGCUUCGAGGCUGUGACCCGAACUCUGCACCAACCUGUACCUGCCACCCACCCCACACCCAACCCCCUCCCCACCCUUCCCCCUUCUUCCUCCUGCUCUAAAUAUAUCCCAAUAUAAGAAGAAGUCACCGCGUGGGGUGGCCCCCCAAGCAGAGCCCCUCUGUCUUUAGGUUUCUGCAGGGCAGCAGGCAUUUCAUAUCACUUUAGAUUUCAUUACUGUAGAUGCGCUGACAUGUCACAAAAAUGUCUUAAUAUAUGAAUGUGAUUUGUUUUCUUCUCUUCAUACUUUGUGCUCCCUUUUGAUUUCUCCACUUUUUUAUGAUCUUUCUCUGUCUUGUAUCAUAUAUCUACUACUAGGUAUAUAUGAAUUUAAAGCACAUCAAAGUUGCUCUGAAGUGUAUUCCUAUAUACAAGCUUCUCCUGUCAUUUUAGGCUCCCCCACCCUCUCCUCUUUAGUGCAAUGUACUGUUUUGGAAACAACGUGGAUGUAUCGAGCACAGUGUAGACGCGCGUGCUCCGGUAGUGUCAUGCCAUUUGAUCUGAUUGCUGUGAAUAUGACGCUAGUGAAAUGUAGAAUCUUUUCCGCAUUUGCCGAGCUUCAGUUUGCGCCGAGUAGAAAAAAAAAAGGAUAGUGUGUGUGGGUGUGAGCUAGCACGUGGCGCCGCUGCCUUGUAAACGUAGCCGUGUUUACAGCGGGUGGCGGGUUUCGGACCAGCUUUGCAUGUCUUUAAAAGAUGGCGCUCUGCUGUGCUGCAUGUUUUUAAAUCUGGUGAAAGACUCGAUCAGGACUCUGUGGAACACUAUCAUUGCUUUGAGGGAGAGAAAGUUUAGGCUGUCACCAUGAAAGCUGAACACAACUCGUGUACAUGUUGUCCUACUUUAAGUCUGGCAUCAUACGGAGAUUGUUGCGCUUAAUGCCGAGAGGGACUGAGGACACGUUAGUCAGCUCCAACAUUAGGAAAAAAGUAUGCAUUCUUUUUUGACAUGUUUGACUACAACUAUGCAGAAACUAGCACAUGGCUGUUUGGAUUUUUUUCUUAGUGCACUUGUAUAGCAAAUGAAGGAAUUAAAAAAACAGCAGAAGUAUUCUCGUAUGACAUUCCUAUGAUACUCAGUAAUAAUAUAAUCAAAAAUCUCCUGUAGUCUCUGCAAAUGAUGCUUUAUGCAUGUAACCACAGAAGUGUAGUUAGGACGCACUGAGAAAGUAGGAAAUGGCAAAUGUCACUCACUAGGUUGGAUUUCAUGAGCGUGAAAUUGUCAGAAUCUUGCACUGAACCUUAAUAGUUAAUCUAGUAAAACAUGCUUUCUUGUCUAGGAUUAGAUUUUUACUGCACAUGGAGAAUCUGGACCUCUUUUGUCAGAUUGGAUGCACCGUUUUUAAGAUGGUGCCACUGGUCAAAAACCAAAAUAUUAAUGUUUUAGCAGCACGGGAUAUUGGCCGAGUCUCAAAAGCCUUUUCCUUGAAUGCUCAGUGCUCAAACUGACAGGAAGGGUUUGCUGAAGGAAAAACUUGAGAGAUUCAGCCACAUUCCUGCAAACUUCUGGUCACAGUGCCUCCUUAACCACGCAUACCUGUCCGAAAAACGCCUCUCAUUCACCUGCCAGUAACUCACCGUCAUAUCCGCCUCUUUCUUAUCCAAUAACCUGGCUUUGUCUGUCCCUCAAGGAAACAGACAGCUGUGUUGUCCCUGUCACAUAAAGCCUAUGUACACCGAGCUGCCUCUGACUUCAACACAAUGCAUGGCUUUCUGUACGACUGCAACUCCAGUGUCGUAUCGCCUUAUGUAGCUAACAUUGUCAUUACUGUCCAUGAAAUAUGCUGAGGGUUCUAGGCUUGGCUAGUUAGGAAUGACAUGCUAAACAAGCUAACUGUUGUGUCCAGUCCAAUAUGUUAACGGACACCUGCCUCGCUAACAACCUACUAGCUAAAACUCCCAAGAGUGUGUUCUGUUGAAUUUCCAGGUUAUAGCUGUGUCAGUGUGUGAUGGUGUUAGCAGACAUAUACAAUGCCUGAACUUGGUGUGUGUGUAUGUGCGUGUAGAGGCAGAGGGUAGAUCGGUAGCUCUGGAGUGUGUGUGAGCCUGGCUGGCAGUGCCAAUGGCGUUUCUUUGAACAGACGGCGCCGCCAGCCGAGCCUCUCCAGACUCACUAGCUGGCAUCUGUGGACAAAGUGAUUCCUUUCUUCUGAAAAUAUGAUUUCUGAUCCUGUCUCAUGUACCUCCAUUGUUCUGUUUUUUUUUUUAAGAAGUGUGUUUUGAUUUAUCUUUUUUUUUUUUUUUUUUUUUUUUUUUACUAUAUUGAACUCUAUAACUGACUGUAAUUCCAGUGUAAACAUGUAAGGGUGAAAUGAUGUCAUUUCAAUGAAUUUGGAGGGUUAAAUGUGAGGGGGGGUCAAAAUGAAUGGUUUUAUGUUUUGUACAGAUUGAUAAAUUGUACAAUUGUGUCUAUAUCUUAAGUUAUCAGUUCAUCUUAAUAAAGCGCACCAGUCAUAAACCUUUA